AUGGAACCGUUUAUAAAGAUAAAUAUGUCCGCGCCCGAUCUCGAAAAAUUUCGAGGAGAUAACAGUGAAAUCAUUAAAAUAAUCCUUCUCAAACUAAAAGCGCAACUCCUCAUUGAAGUUUCCAGAUCUAGCAUCUAUAUGCUCGGUGGUAUAGGUCCGAACAAAACUUUGACAGGUCUGCUGGCACCUAUUAGCGACGGCAAAAUAGAUAUUGGGAUGAACGUGAGAUCGCUGCUCUCGUUGUGGAAAGUCAGAUACACGUAUCCUCACACAAGAUCAAGUCUCUGCAUUUUUACAAAACCGAUCCCGGCAGUGUCAUCGUUCAUCAAGCUAAUAAAGUUUUUAUCGCCUGGAACACUAGCGGGAAUAAUCCUAAUGUGUCUGCUCACGUACGUCAUUUUUACAAAAACUGAAGGAUACAUCAAAUCCGUACUGCAAAUAAUAAGACUCGUAGUCUGUGUGGCAGUUCUGCGUCCGCCAAAAAUCAAUUCAAGCAGAAUUUUUCUCUGCAUGACACUUAUUCUGAUUCUAAACGUUAACGCCUUGUUCCAAAGUCAUUUGUCGUUUCUGCUCACCGUGCCCGUCUAUUAUCAUCAUAAUAUUGACACACUUGAAGGUCUUAAGGUAAGAGUUAUAAUUUUACUGUUAAAAAAAAACGAUAAAACUUUUUUUUUUACUAAAUCUGGAUAUACUAUAUACGGGCCAUCGAACUUUAAAACGUUAUUAAGCGAUCCUGUACUCGAAUCACGCUACAUGUCGGUUACGUACAACGAAUGUAAAGAAUUUGUGGAGAAUUCUACGACUGCCGCGUGUCUGGGAGAUUGCCUUCACAUGUACUACCGGAUAAAAAACAAGAACCUCGUCAAGUCAAAAAUACUACGCGAGAUGAUACAAUCGUAUGUUACUCGAGAAGAUUGGCCGUUGUUUAAUCGCGUGGAUCAUAAUAUUCAAAUGAUGAUGGAAGCUGGCCUAAUUCUGAAGUCUCGAGACGAUUCACUUCUGGAAAUAAAACGCGAAAUGAAGAUAAAAGAAGCGCAAAAGAGCAACUUCAAAGUGAUGCUGCUAAGUCACCUAACUUUCAGCUUCUAUUUUCUCGGAGUUGGAUACGCAUGCGCUACUGUAAUCUUCAUCUUAGAACUGGUAGUCUGA